UAAUAAAAUCAUCAGGACAAGUCAUUCAAAUAUAGGCCUACUUGCGGGGGGAAAAAUGUCUCUCCCCCCAUAACUAUAAGGCUAAUAUCGUCUAGCAUUCUUCUGCCCAGAAGAUGGUAUUCACCCAGUCCGAGAUACGAGCGAUGCGCUGCUGUGUAUGUUUAUUUCACAGCACCUUCCUGUGCACUCAAUCCAAGAUGGCUGCGGGAGAGGGUGGUGGUAGAGCUCCAUGUCUCGGUUUUUCCACUCCCGGGCCUUUGGGCAACGUUCAACCGAGCAACAGCGCUCAUUCCUCGGCUGCCAGUAACGACGGAUCAGCGGAUGGCACGGGAGGGGCACCGGGGGCAGCUGGACAUUCUAAUCCCCAGCCAGGCCCGGACGGCGGUGCAGGCGCCGGCGUUGCAGUGGGGACGCAGCCGAGCGCGCAGAACUCUUCCCCGCAGUCUGCAGCUGAGGGCGCCACGAACGCAGCCAGGGCUGCUGGAAGGAUGUCAACCGCUGCGACAAACAUGACAGCGACAACAACACCAAAUGCAUCCACAGCAGCAGCGGCGGCGGCCGGGACGCCCUCCUCGCUUCCUUCUGCCCCGGCAUCCGCUGCAGUAUUGGUUUACAGGGAACCUGUAUAUAACUGGCAAGCUACUAAAAGCACCGUCAAAGAGAGGUUCGCCUUUCUAUUCAAUAACGAGGUGCUCAGCGAUGUGCAUUUUUUAGUGGGGAAGGGGAUGGGAGUGCAGCGGAUCCCCGCACACAGGUUUGUGCUGGCCGUAGGCAGUGCCGUAUUUGAUGCCAUGUUCAACGGGGGAAUGGCCACCACCUCUACGGAGAUUGAGCUGCCUGACGUGGAGCCCGCAGCCUUCCUCGCUCUCCUCAAGUUCCUGUAUUCCGACGAGGUGCAGAUCGGUCCGGAGACGGUGAUGACGACGUUGUACACGGCGAAGAAGUACGCAGUCCCGGCACUGGAGGCCCACUGCGUGGAAUUCCUCAAGAAGAACUUGCGUGCCGACAACGCUUUCAUGCUACUCACGCAGGCCCGGCUGUUUGACGAGCCGCAGCUGGCCAGCCUGUGCCUGGAGAGCAUUGAUAAGAACACUGCAGAUGCGCUCGCUGCCGAGGGCUUCACUGACGUCGACCUGGACACACUGGUGGCCGUGCUGGAGCGCGACACUCUGGGCGUUCGGGAGGUGCGGCUGUUCGGCGCGGCGGUGCGCUGGGCCGAGGCGGAGACCCAGAGGCAGCAGCUCCAGCCCACCCCCGAAAACAAGCGGCGGGUGCUGGGCAAGGCCCUGUCCCUCAUCCGCUUCCCGCUCAUGACCAUUGAGGAGUUUGCUGCAGGCAUGUCCUCGUCUCUGCAGCGCUGCUUGCUCAUCCCGGCUCAGUCGGGCAUCCUGACGGACAGGGAGGUGGUGAGCCUGUUCCUGCACUUCACGGUGAACCCCAAGCCGCGGGUGGAGUUCAUCGACCGGCCGCGCUGCUGCCUGCGGGGCAAGGAGUGCAGCAUCACGCGCUUCGGCCAGGUGGAGAGCCGCUGGGGCUACAGCGGGACCAGCGACCGCAUCCGGUUCUCGGUGAAUCAGAGGAUAUUCGUGGUGGGAUUUGGGCUCUAUGGGUCGAUACACGGCCCCACGGACUACCAGGUCAACAUCCAGAUCAUCCACACGGACAGCAACACGGUCCUGGGGCAGAACGACACGGGCUUCAGCUGUGACGGGUCCGCCAACACCUUCCGCGUGAUGUUCAAGGAGCCGGUGGAGAUCCUGCCCAACGUCAACUACACGGCCUGCGCUACGCUCAAGGGCCCAGACUCUCACUACGGCACUAAGGGAAUGCGCAAAGUCACCCACGAGUCCCCGGCCACCGGCACCAAGACCUGCUUCACCUUCUGCUACGCCGCCGGCAACAACAACGGCACGUCCGUGGAGGACGGACAGCUUCCCGAGGUCAUCUUCUACACAUAGUGACCCCCCCCCCCCCCCCCCCCCCCCGGCGUGUCCAGUCCUGUAGGGCCUCCUUUUACAGUACCUCUGGUCAUUAUAAUACAGUGACUCCCCCCCCCCCCGGCGUGUCUAGUCCUGUAGGGCCUCCUUUUACAGUACCUCUGGUCAUUAUAAUACAGUGACCCCCCCCCCCACCCCCACCAACCCCCUUCAAACCAUUAACCCACAACCCCGACCCGCUUUCACUCUCAUCAGCCAACUGACCGGCUUAGGGAUUGGCAUCUACGCAGUGGCAUUUUGAGCCGCAGGGUCCUGUGGUUUUUUUAAAUGUAACGGAUAGCUGACUGAAGGGUGACAGAGAGGCCACCCUCUGCUCAGAACCCGUAAGGGGGUCACGCUGAUAAGCGGGGGCUGGCUGACUUGCAAGGCUGCCUCUUACGAAUCAACGCGUGUCUGCGUCUGUCUGACAGGACCGUUUGUGGGGGGGUGGGCGGGAUUUUGAGUGUAAGUGUGAAACAAUAAUUGGCUCUUCAGUCAGUCACACAGGCUGUCGGUUCGCUGGCCUCUCUGUCAGUCAUUGGUCACUUCCCCUGGUCCACAGCGUGAGCUGUUCUACUGAAGGAGAUUGGCCUGUCGGAUAAAACAUCAAUAAAAGAACCUCCUGAAGAUGUACAUCUGUACCCCCCCCCCAAUGUAAUGAUUUGGUCUUGGCUUAAAAAAGCAAAAAAAAAAAAAAAAAAAAAAUUAAAUGCGGCAUUUCCCCUUUUUUAAAUUCACGGAAUUUCUUUUUCCAUUUCAUGUAGAAACGAGGGGAAACGUGCAUACUGUACAUUCCACUUCAUGACACCUGUUAUUAAAAUCAAGCCCACGCCGUGGAGUAGGAAGGCAUGAGAUCCUGAGCAGAAUCGCUGCUUCUCAGUUGCUUCCUUACCUACUUUAACAGUUCCUCUUUGCCUAAGAAACCAGUUCUUAUGGUCCACUUCUUUUUUUUAUUUUUAUUUUGUUCACUUUAUUGCCAAGUUGCUUAGUUAGCACUGAUGCACUUUUUUGGACACGACACAGACAAUCACCCACUGAGGGCAAUUGAGUUCUGACAUCACAUGCCAUGUGGUUUUUUUUUUUUUUUUUCCCCUUCUCCUUUUAAUUUAUGGGCUCGACCCCUCCUGUGAAGAGGCGGUGGGGUUGCAGCCUUGGUGCCAGUCUACUGGCUAGCGUUAGCCUUUCAAUCUGACGAACACGGAGCCGACUGGCGAGUACUGUAAUAAUUUUUUUUUUGUGCGUUUCGUGAUCAGCAUGUUCCUCGAGACGGAGUGAUGGUAGCCACUCGGUGCUCUUGCGUAUAACCUGGGCGAAUGUUCACAAGCUAGCCGAAAUCAUUUUACGCGUCAGUUCCUACCUGCUCCACUAGGUGCAGUAUAUUAAAAAAAAAAAAAAAAUUAAAUAUGGUUGUAUUUUAUUUAGCGAGUUAAUGCUUCACAUUAUAUUUUUUAUCGCAAGGCCAAGGCCUCCCUUGGAUAAAUAUGUAACAGACACUACGGGGAGCUAGACGGACACAUGGCCUGUUGGAAAAGAGAAAGUCUUCAAUGUGAAUACUCACACGACACUGCACUAUAGGGAUCUCAAGAGAGGUGUGGGGGACAAAACAUGCAGAUAGUCCAGUUCAGGGGGCUGUGGAGGCCUUGCACCACGUCUCUUUCCAGUAGAAAUGUGGAGGAUCUGCUGAAUGCAAAAAUGCAAGAAAACUGUAUAUGAUCUGUUUCGUUCCUCCAGCAUAUUCUGCUGGGCAUCUAUCUGUAAACGGCAACAUGCCUGAGAAGGAUCAGAGAAUUUUGAAAGCGGUCAUCGUCAGAAAAAGUUGAUCUUCUGGAGUCACAAUGAACAGUGACACGCCUACGGGAGAAAAUGUGCAUUUUUCGAGGGCAGAAAGAGCUGGAAUCAAAUACUGCGAGUCCAUAAAUUGAAUGUAAUACUAGUUCUGUGCUGCUCUGUGUUGCAAGUUCUGUGUUUUGCAAACGCUUUACACUGUGUGUGUGCUUAAAAAUAGAAAAAUCUGUAAAUAUUAAUUGCGAACAUUAAAAAAAGUCUUUAAAUGUA